AUGAUGAACCUGACGUUUUGGCAACUCUAUGGAUUAGCCAUGUUUGCUUUUACCUUAGCUGUACUUAGAAAAAAUCCCUUCCUUUGUAUACAAUCGCUUAAAGAUUUGGAUGAUUGCAUUAAUAUGAGCGAUUCGAAGGCAACUGUUUUUGAUGAGAGACUUCAUCAAAUGGCAAUAUUUCGUGAUUGGAUUGUCCAGAUGAAAAUUUCGGAUCUUUUAUCAGCCUACAAAGAUUGGAUUCAAGUGAUACAGAAAUUUGAACCAAUCAACCAAGUACCUGAUCCAUUUCGUUGUGUGACUCUGUUAUUUGCAUUUGCCAUUAUGGACGGUCUGGACGGCAACAACAAUGUGUCAGAAUGGAAACGCUUGUUUAUUGAUCGCAAUAAUUCAGAAAAAGACGAUGAUUUCGUUCGAAAUUGGUGCGAGCAACACGAGGAAAUGUCGACGGAAACCGCUCUUAUUGAUAGUUUAAUGAUCUGCGGGGUGGGCCUUAAAACCGUGAAUGACUAUCUGAAUCGGUUGUGUUCGUCAGCGAUAGAUGAAUCUUUAGCAAUAACGCAAAAUAAUAAUUUCGGUUUGUUAAUCAGAAUUUGGGAUGUCCUAAUCACAUGUAGAUUGUUCUCAUUAAGAAGAGGCGAACUCAUGGGUGCAGUUGGUAACACAAUGAAAGAGCUGUUAGAAAAGCCACAUAUAACGGCUCUUAUGUCAUCUGUUGCUGCAACACGAACCAAAGAAAAAGAAAAGGAAGAAGCAAUAGACAAAGCAAUAAGAGAUGGUUAUCAAGAAGAAGAACGACAAUAUCUAGAUGGUUCAAUACUUGUAGCAGCCAUUCAGGAAUCUUUAGAACAAGGACAUGAAGAACAUUAG